UGGCUAUAUUGGUACACGUCUGUAGCUGAAAUAAGUAAUCGCAUGCUAGGAAGCUGGGUGCGUGUGUGUUGGGUGCUGGCGUGCAGCUCCCCGCCUCUCCCGUUCGUUUCUCUCGUUGGAAUUGGAAAAAGAAAACUAGCCGUAAAGAGAGAAGUAGCCGGCCGCGGGGAGGUGAAACCGAGGAAGUCAAUGCCCGUAGUUCCACAUGGGGAGCAGGUCAAGAACCUUGCUCUUGACGCUAGCGCGAUCUCAUUAGGACUUCAACCUGACAAUCCCUCGAGUUCUUGAUCUGCUCUUCUCCCCGCCGCACCCGUUCUCCUGGGGCCUUGGAUGAUCAAGGCAUGGGAGGCCCCUCCUGGCCGGACUUGCAGUGCCUGGUGCGGCGGAAGCCGGCGGCCGCGAGCUCCGCCGGCCGCGCCGAGGCUGCCGACGGGGGCGGCGGACAGCGCCUCGCCAAGACGCUUACCAUUCCCCACCUCGCCGCCAUCGGUGUUGGUUCGACGAUUGGUGCUGGCAUCUACGUCCUGGUUGGAACUGUGGCCCGUGAGCACACAGGACCAGGCCUGACCGUGUCCUUUCUGAUAGCCGGCGUUGCUGCGGCCCUUUCAGCUUUGUGCUAUGCUGAACUCUCCUGCCGUUUCCCUUCGGCAGGGAGUGCCUACCACUACUCCUACAUCUGCAUUGGAGAGAGUGUUGCUUGGCUGAUUGGGUGGGCCUUGAUCCUUGAGUACACGAUAGGCGGAUCAUCGGUAGCACGCGGCAUAUCGCCAAACUUGGCUCUAUUUUUUGGUGGCCAAGACAAGUUGCCCUUCUUUCUAGCACAAGUACAUGUCAAAGGGCUAGACACCCCACUUGACCCUUGUGCUGCUAUUCUUGUCCUGAUAGUUACUGCAUUACUGUGUCUGGGAAUUAAAGAGAGCUCAUUUGUGGAAGGCAUCAUCACCACUGCAAACAUCAUAGUCAUGCUCUUUGUCAUCUGUGCUGGUGGAUGGUUAGGAUUCAGGAAUGGCUGGGUCGGUUAUAAAGGGCCAGAAGGUUACUUCCCUAAUGGUGUUGGUGGAGUCAUUUCUGGAUCGGCAACCCUCUUCUUCGCGUUUAUUGGCUUCGACACAGUAGCUAGCAUGGCUGAGGAGGUGAAGAAUCCUCAGCGCGAUCUUCCACUGGGGAUGGGCCUGACCCUGACCCUGUGCUGCUUCCUCUACAUGAUGGUCUCUGCUGUUGUGGUCGGUCUGGUGCCCUAUAGCGUGAUCGAUCCUAACACCCCUAUUUCUUCUGCGUUUGCGCAAUACGGGAUGCAGUGGGCAGAGUAUGUUGUUUCCAGUGGGGCUGUUCUUGCCCUCAUAGCGUCCUUGAUAGGCGGUAUUCUUCCCCAGCCAAGAAUUAUAAUGGCUAUGGCUAGAGAUGGAUUGCUUCCGCCCCUUUUCUCAGCUGUUAAUCGACAAACUCAAGUGCCAAUCUUGAGCACAAUCUUGACAGGGACGUGUGCUGCUAUCCUGGCUUUUCUCAUGGACGUCUCCCAAUUGGCAGGGAUGGUAAGCGUGGGAACCUUAUUGGCAUUUACUACGGUUGCCGUUUCUGUUUUAGUAGUAAGAUAUGCUCCUCCAUAUGAGAUGCCAAUGGAAGUGGCUCUUGCAGGAACACCUGAGACAUUAACUUCAUGCUCUGGGCACUCAGAGCAGGAUGAGCAAAAUUUGGAAGAUCCUUUUGGCAAUGCACCUACUGUCAGUGAGAUAGCCAGCAAAGCAAGGCGACAGAAAGCCAUGAGAAGCAUAAUAUUGAUAUGCCUUGGGGCCAUCAUCUUCAUUUCUGCGGUUUCUUUCUCCUCUUUGCCAUUUUAUGUGCAAAUGACUGCAUGCACCAUAGGUGGGCUGCUACUGUUGAGUUCUUCUAUUGUGCUUUUGUGCAUUGGACAAGAUAAGAGCUCUUUGGGACAAACUGGAGGUUUCAUGUGCCCGUUGGUUCCAUUCCUUCCAAUUUGUUGCAUCAUCGUCAACGCAUACCUGCUUAUGAACCUUGGGAGUCACACAUGGAUUCGAGUUUCCAUAUGGAUGGCUGCUGGUGCGCUCAUAUACUUCUUCUACGGCAUAAAACAUAGUUCACUGGCAGGAAUGGCCUACCAUCGCAUAUCGCCAACGUAGUUCAAAUCUUUUGCAUUUUCGAUAGCAGAGAAAUGAGCCCACAUGGUGGAUACAGCAUCUGUUUCUCAUAGAUUGCUGGGGGUUUCUGAUCCCAGGAGAUUUGAUUUGAAGAAGGAACAGGAGAAAUUCUGAAAUUCAGACCCUUUAAGAGUGAAGAUAGGCACAACAUUCUGCAGUCUCGUAUGGCCUUGUUUUUUUUCUCUCUCUGGAAAUUUCACAAACUACUGGAGAAGUUACCACUGUAAAUUUCUGAUUCUUUUGGUACAAUAGGGAAAUUACAAGAGGCAUUCAUUAGUUGACAAGAAUUCUUUUUUCUUAUCAAGCUCUUCCCCAUGCAUCAUAUCCCUCCUUGUUUGUGGCUCUUGUUGGGUUUCAACUAUAGCCUACUUUAACUUGCUUGGGAUUAAAGGCUUUGUUGUUGUAGCAGCUCCUCUGCAUGCA